AUGUCUCUCCUCCCAUUCAGCGUAUCCUCGCAGUCGGCAGCCGUCGCAUCGGCAGCCUACUUUUUCGCAGCCAUCAACGUAGGCUUUGGCAUCAACGCCAUCCUGAGACCGACCAACGGUCUUUCAUUCUUUGAGUUUGCACCUCCCGCCGACCCGAGCACCCGUGCCAUGGUCAACAGCCUCAUGGCCAUCUACGGCGUACGCGACAUCUUCAUGGGUGCAGCCAUGGCCGCUGCCGCAAAGUUUGGCAGCCCUGCUGCCCUCGGCUGGAUCCUCAUUUCAUCUACGGGCGUUGCCAUUGCCGAUGGCCUGGUGUGCUAUAGCCACGGAAAGGGUCAAUGGAAUCACUGGAGCCAUGCGCCUCUCUCGGCGGCGGUGGGCCUGGUGUUGCUGGGCUGCUUGGAUUGA